AUGCAAGUGGUUGAAUGCUACAUUGGCUUCAUCACUUGCUUAUCUCAGCCACUUGUGUUGACUGUGUUUCAUAACCAGGGUUUCAGCAAGAAAACAACCCCCCAACACCUGUACGGACGAGCUACAAGUUACGCGCGCCACUUUAACGUUCACCUUGCAAGAAACGGGGGUUUUCGAGAAUUUCACGCAAAUUUCUGUUCGGAUAUGCAAUCAGUCGAAGGGCAGAGCAACGCCGAAAACAUGGAAGGAUUUUCCCCACGUUGCCUUUGA